ACUGUUCAAACAUCACGAUGCACAACGUGGUGUUUUUUAAAUCUGUUGACGUGUUCCCUAGUUCAAUCGCGAACGAGGAAAAAACUUUUUAAGACUAUCGAUCAGCGUUAAAAAGAUUGAUUCUUUCGAUGAUGUUCAAGAAGGGUUUAAUGAUUUUAUUAGUUUUAUCAUUUGCAUUUUCUAUGGAAAAUGACGAGUGUCCUGUUUGCCAAAAAUCAAAAAAUAUCAAAAUACCAUACCCUUGUAUGCACAAAAUGUGCAAUACAUGCACAAAUCUAAUUUUAAAUUUCAAUAAUUCUAUUUGUCUCUUGUGCAAAACUUCCAUUAAAAAAACGUCGGACCUAGAAACCUACGAAAAAGAACUCGAAAGUUUAACGGCUGCUGUUAUGAAUAAAUCGAUUACUGUCGAAAAAAUCAUUUCGCAUUAUUAUUUUCUUCCACCUUGGCAAUGUGCUGAUGAACAAAUGUUGACAGACAUUCAAAAAAUUCAAAAAUUAUAUCCUACUGAAGAAAUAUAUAAGUUAUUUGACAUUUUACAAAAUGUUGGUUUUAAUUAUACUAUCGAAGAAGAUAUGAAGCAUCGUCGUAUGUUUUUUCGCGAAAAGCCUAAUAACACAGAGAAAAUUAUAUUGCAAAGCUAUUAUGAUAGAAAUCACUAUGACGCUGAAAAAGAAUUAGAAUUACGAAAAAAUGUGUUCAAGGAAUUAAGUAUGACAACAUGUGCGUUAGUACCAUAAAACCAUACAGUUAACGACUGUUGAUUAACUAAGUAAAUAUUUUUAUAUUUUAUUGGAAAUAAAAAUUUAUCUUUCGAUUA